GCGCAGGCUGAGUUUGCAGUUUCGCUGGGCAAAGACUCGCGGUUGCCUAAUCGGGUCUUCUCCCGCUCCCACGAGGUAAAAGCGGCGGGAGGAGCGCCGAGGCGUUUUCUGCAGGGGGAAAUCCUCCUGCGGGGGCCGGGCGGGCGUGAAGGAAAUCCCCCUGCUUUGCAACGCCCGCUCCGGGUCAGGCGCGGCUGUUUGCUUUCUUCUGCAACUCGGGUGCAAACGAGGUCCUUUCGAUUUCGUCAUCUCCGGGACCUUUGGGCAAGCAAAGGGGGGCGGGAUUCAGUUGCACGAUCGCCAGGCCGCUUUUCUCCCGGUUCCCCCAAAACGAAGCGAGAGCGGUGUGAGACCUGUGAGGCUGCUGGGCUUGACCAUUUUUGGAGAUCUUGGCCUGUCGGGUUCCCUUGCGACUCUUUUGCAGAGUGCUGAGUGAAGAUGGGGUUUGCUGAGGACGAAGUGAAAAAGUACAUUCUUAGGAACAUUCCCAAGUUCCAAGACGUGCGUCUCAACCAGCUGCUGCCUCAUCUGCCGUGCCUCACUUCUGCAGACAGGCAAGAGAUAACAAGGGAGCUAGACCGGAGAGGAGACAUUUCAUCUGCGUACGAAUUCUUCUACCGCCUGUACUGCAGGACCGGGUGGGUGACUCAGCUGAUAUCUGCUUACAGGGCGACCAACUCUGACCUGGCUGAGGUCAUCCAAAGCGUUUACGAUGGUGCCCAACUUCCCUCUCAAAGAAGACCCCCUUCUGAUGAUCUCCCACUUCCUCCUGCACAGUGCCAGUCAGGACCAACCAGAGACCAACUUCCUGUAUAUGACUUGACACUGCCCCCUUCAGCAUCCUUCCAAGACCAAGUUGAUACCAGGUCUCAGAUUCCAGAAUCCAAGCGUCCAUCUGGGAAUGACAUGACAGCUACAGAAGGAAAGGCGCUUGAGAAGAUUUCUGUUCCGGACCAGCACGACAGAAACGCAUCAGAAUCCGAUGGCAGCUUACCCGGGCAACAAGAGAAUCCAUCCAAUGUCCACCUUGCAUCGUCCAGAUCUCCGGUUCAACCCCGGGUGCAUCUCAGAGAUGCAUCUGAGGAUCAAAUGCAAACCGCUACGCCUGAAUCCUCAAGAUCUGAACCAGGUAAUUUGGUACCAAACUGGGAUGGUUUCCAACCAAGUCCCGUUUGUGUGAAAAAUGGGUAUUUUGGAAACAUGAGCCGAACAGUUGACAAGGGCAUAGCUCCAGCUCCGGCCACCUCUUCUGGCCUUACACCUUCCAGAAAUCAGCCUGAGGAGGAUUCCUAUUUGUCUUCUGGCUGCUCCCCAUUGGCUCCAAGAGGUCAAGACACGGAACAGGGUGAAGAGCAAGAUUUUUUUGGCAGUCCAGCAAACAACAGGUCCCUCCGCCUGCACAUUCAAGUUGAUGAAGAGCAGAAAAGGGCUCAGGGUCAACAGGACAGUAACAGUGACGUCAACACCCUUCCCUUGCUCCCGAAGGAAGGUGGCAGACACAGCCAGCGGGUUAACAGCCGGACAGUGGAUGGCAGCGAAAUACCCAGCGGUGCUGUCCCAAAAGGCAGCAGUUCAUUUGCAAAUCUCCAGAGAGAACCCAAGACUCUGCCGCCUUCCAUUCCCAAUGAAACGACCACAGCCAGUUCCUUCAAGCAAGACUCUUUGCCAGUAUGUUCCGGAAAAGAACCUCAUGAUCACAAUCGGUGCUGUGAAGCUACCUCUGGCGUGGAUCAACGCUCCGAAGGCUGCAUGGCUGCUUCCGGGGGAAAUACCGAUGACCUAGAAACAAGGGAAACUCCACAAACAGCUCCUUUGCUCGGCCGGUCUCCCUCUGACGGCAGUCCGUUCUCCCCAGGAUCAUCGAUAAAGGAGCGUGCUGGUCAGGUCCCCAACACGGCUUCUGUUGGCCGAUUUGCACCUCUGCCUCCGGACUUUGCCGGUUUUUCCUCCACUGGGGUGAUUCCCCCCAGCUCACCUGCAGCGGUUUCAGCCAUUCCGAGUGACGAGUAUUCUGAUUAUCUUAAACCCCCUGUUCAGGAGACAGAAGUGGUGGAAACCAGUCUGCGGACCGCCUCUGUACAUAUGACUGGGGGUUCAUCUCGAAGAGCAGACACUUUGCCCUCUUCUGUUAUGGAUUCUACAAAAUCGCGGGAGAACAGGAAGAAUGCUGGCGGCAGUUCCAGAGGUGCUCAUAUCUACCACACUAACCAAGAAGAGGAAAGCACCUCGCUGUUCAAACCUGGUGUUUUAAUUUCAGGGGAAAGAACACGACUGUCUUCUGACCAGCAGCCGAGUAGCCUGGGCGGAGAAUAUUCCGGAAGGUCGGAUAGGCUUCGCCUCAGUGAUGAAUAUUCUGGGAACAGUGACUCCUUAAUGAUAAGUCGCUCUGAACAGUUUGGAAGAAGUGUGUCGGUGGGAGCCAACCGUGCUUCUGCUCCUCUUCAAAAUGGCGACCGCUCGGAUGAGGGGUCCAUCCAAACCCACACUGUUCAUAUACAGGAGCCUCCCCCCGUUCUUCUCACUGGAGCCCCUGAGGUAACUCAUCCAGGUCUUGGGAACGCUAGCCGAUCUCCAGACGACUUUCUGGACACGGUCGCGGGGGAUCAGCCCAUGAAAGAUGCCAGCUCCCACCCUGGUCACAAUGAUGGCGGAAGAAAGUCCCUUCAGAACGAAAGUAUCAAUGGUUCAGCGUGGCUACCCAUGAGUGAAUCUACGUGGCUUGCUGUUGGUGUUGCUCUCGCUGUUCUGACAGCUGUGGCUGUGGUCGGGUAUAAACGGCUGCAGAAAUAGGAGUUGGGGGUGGGGAAGAGAGACUAAUAGAGAAUACUGCUUCUGGCAGCAAAGAGAGAUAAAUCAAGGCAAGCCCGGCGUAGCGGUUAAGAGCGGGGGAUUCUUAUCUGGUGAACUGGAUUUGUUUCCCAGCUUCUCCAAACGAAGUUUGUAGGGUGACCUCGGCCCAGUCACAAUUCUCUCAGGACUCUCUCAGCCCCCCCAACUCAUGAUGUGUCAGUUGUGGGGGAAGGAAGGGAAAGGAGUUUGUAAGCCACUUUGAAACUCCUAAAAGGUAGAGAAAAGCAGGAUGUAAAAACCAACUCUCCCUUCUUUAGUCCCAUGCAUGUUAUAAAAUCUUCCUUUCCUGCUAGUUCAAAGCUUCUUGGAGGAAAAAAAAAGAAGGCUUUCACAGCCAGACUCAACUGGUUGUGGUGGACUUUCCAGGCUGUGUGGCCGUGGUCUGGUAGAUCUUGUUCCUAACAUUUCGCCUGCAUCUGUGGCUGGCAUCUUCAGAGGUGUAUCACAGAGAAAAGGGUGUUACGCAUUGUGUCCAGCUUGACACACUUUUCCCUGUGAUACAUCUCUGAAGAUGCCAGCCACAGAUGCAGGCGAAAUGUUAGGAACAAGGUCUACCAGACCACGGCCACACAGCCCGGAAAGUCCACAACAACCAGUGUUUGUUCCCUUGAAUUUGCUACCUGAAAUCCCAUCUCGGGGGAGGGGGGGCAGAGCGGUAGAUGGGGGGGAAUUAAGCACCCUCUGUGAGUUACCUCUCUCCCUGUUCCUUCUCUCAAUGCUGUUUGCAGUAGAGCAGCAGUUUUCAAGACUGGAGGCGGGUACCAGUCCCAUUACCGUGGGUGGAGGGUCAUACACUUGCCCGGAGCUCUGCCUUCCUUCCUCCUUUGCAGGAGGAGGAGGAACGGAUGAAGCGGUCAAAGGCACCUGGCUUUGUAAAGGGUUCUUUUGUCACUCCCUCCUUUUGAUUCAAGAUUGGAGUUGAAUUGGCCCAAGAUAAUGGGUUGUGUGAGUGAACUCUAGUGGAACAUUUCUGGGUAGUGGAUUUUGCGUUGGGUUCCAUUCUCCUGCAGCUGUCGAUUGACCUUCCUGUUAAAGAAGGUGUGGAAUAGGUUCUAGAACAGGGGUGUCCAACUCUGGCGCUUCAGAUGU